GGGAGCGGGCGGAGGAGCUGCCCGCAGGCGUCGGGGGCGAUUUCCUCUUCCCAGCGGGGGGAAGGGGGGGCGUCUCUUCCCUUCCUAGAGCCAGAAGGGGAGCAGGGCCGCGGAGACAGGACUGAUCGCACCGCGCCCGGCCAGGGUGGGACAGCUCCCAACCCCCCUCCCACGACCCCCAUAAACCCCCACGUGCGGGGAGGGUGCGGGACAGCCUCCCCCCCAUACACGUGCGGGGGAGCCUCUAACCCCCCAUACACCCCCGAUCGCCCCCACGUGCGGGACAGCCUGUUCUCCCCACGUGCGGGGAGGGUGCGGGACAACCCCCCAUAGACCCCCGAUCGCCCCCACGUGCGGGGAGGGUGUAGAGGAGGCUGUUUGCUCGCCGCUGUCUCGGAGGAUGAAGAGGCUGAGCGAGGAGAGCUGGUCGGGCUCCGAGUCGGACGGGACCAUAGACGUGGGCAAAGAGGAGGAAUACAGCCAAGUAUCCAGGGCUGUUUCUCCCACCACCACAUCUCAGAUACAAGCCAGGAAGAAGCGGAGAGGGAUCAUUGAGAAGCGGCGCCGUGACCGUAUUAACAGCAGCCUGUCUGAACUGAGGCGUUUAGUCCCUACUGCCUUUGAGAAGCAGGGCUCCUCCAAGCUGGAGAAGGCAGAGAUCCUGCAAAUGACAGUGGACCAUUUAAAAAUGCUUCAUGCCACUGGAGGAACAGGGUUCUUAGAUGCCCGAUCCUUGGCUGUGGAUUACAGGAGUAUCGGCUUCCGUGAAUGCCUCACUGAAGUUGUCAGAUACCUUGGUAUCCUCGAGGGACAAAACGGUGCUGAUCCUAUCCGGCUACGACUCCUCUCCCACCUGAAUAAUUAUGUUGCCGAAAUGGAGCCUUCGCCCAUGGCCGCUUCCCUUCUGCCCUUUCAGAUGUGGCCCUGGUCAUUCCUCCACAAUUCCACAGCCCCCGCCAACCAAGUACUAAUACCCAGGAGGGAGGCUGUCCCGGGUCUAGCUGUCUUGACUGCUUCCCCCCUGGCUUAUCCAAGCACCACCAUGAGAAGAGCUCCCGUUCGCCGAAUUCCUAGUGCCAUCAUGCCAGCCCGCCGAAACUUCCUUUCCAAUCGGAUGGCCUCUUCGUCCCGGAGGGCUAAACCCACAGUGACAUCACCAACCCCAGGUGCCAUGUCCAGUGUGCCAUCACCGAGGGGUGCCCUGAGAGACGCCACCUCUAGAAGCAGCCAGAUUGCAACUUUCCUGCUCUCCUCCGCCUCUGCUGGAGUUCCCGUACCACCUGCUUCUUACACAGCCCCUCCUGCUUUGAAUGCUUCUCCUCAGGGGCCAGGCACCAGAGGUGGGACUUCCAGACUCUGCCGCUCCUGGGCUACUGAAAUUGGGGCUUUCUGAUCCCUCCCUGACGAAAUCCUAAGGGAGACAAAAAUCAUCAGCAGCCACUGCUCAAAAAGCACGCUCCGGUGAACAGCUUCUUUCCUGCUUUGCAGAAAUAAAGGAUCGAUAAAGGAUCCUCUCCUCACCUUGCCAUCCCUUCUUAUUCCUCACGUCCUCUUCCCUCCCUCCCCAUCACACUGUCUCCCUCUUUUCCAUGUCAGGUUUGCAGAUUUUGUUUUGAAUUGAAUGUAUUUGUCUGUCUACAGCUCCACUAAAGGUUGUGGAUGAGGUUUAUCCUAAUUCAGACCUUUCCCUUCCACGACUCAGGUCCUGGUAGAGCUGAAUGUUGCAGUUUGGAGAAUGUAAACCAGCCUUUGACUUUGCUGGAGACACAGAGCUCCCAAGCAGUGACACUUUCUAUCACUUGUAUGCAGUGUUGUCGUAGCCAUGUAGGUCCCAGGAUGUUAGCAAGACAAGAUGGGGGAGGGAAUAUGUUUUAUUGGACCAAUUUCUGUUGGUGACCAAGAAAGUUUUCCAGCUUAUACAGAGCUCUUCUUCAGGCCAGUCCUGAAGAAGAAUUCUGUGUCAGCUCGAAAGCUUGUCUCUCUCACCAACAGAAGUUGGUCCAAUAAAACAUAUUCCCUCCCACACCUUGACUUUCGAACACUGACUUCCUCCCAGCUUCAGCAUGUUGUUUGACAUGGUCUAAGUGAGGUGAGACGUGCUGGCGAGUAAUGAGACAACCCACCACACGCACACAAACUGUCCUUUAAUAACUGAACCCAACCCCCAUCAGGCUUGCUGUGAAUAGUCAGGACAGUUGGGAGGUUCCUCUCCGUUGGCCAACCCCAUUCUCUCGAUCUCUAAAAAUGGAGAGCUUGACAUUAUGCAUAACAGGCUCAUUCAAAACACAUAACCCUGAGGGACGAGUUGGAGGAAAACGUAACAGUUCCCGAUCGCCCUCUGAACUGACACACUGUGAUACCCAGUACGCAUUCCUGCACAGAGAAUUAUCUCAGCACAAGACUUCCUGUACUUAAGACCCCAAUACUAUGUGCAGUCCACAUUUUCAUUUCCCGUGGCUCGGUCUUUACCUAAAACCAGGGCCUUCCCAAGUGUCCCUAGUGUACUUAAUUCAUGGAAACAUAUGCCUGACCCUGUGCUUAGAACAAUGCUGUUAUCAGAAUGUUUUCAGGCGGGAGUAUCAGACAUUACUCUGCAAAACUCCUUUGCCAGCUGCUGUUUGGGAUUCCCUAUGUGGAUAAUUCAGAUGUCUGUGAGAGAGACAGACCUUGCUCAUCCAGUGAAGCAUUACAGAGUAAGGGAGCAGGUUUCCAAAGUGAUACCUGUCAUGGAGGGGGGAGGGCUUGGCAGCUGAAAUAUGAGGGAGAAGGAUGCCCUUCCUUCUCUCUUCCCCUCUUCAGCCAUCAAUCCUCCCUUCCCAUAUGAAAAUUCAUUACCAUAAAGGGAGGAAUGGAAGAAAGCAUUCUUUACCUCAAGCUCCUCCUUUGUUUUUGCCAACUUCCAGAUCCUUAAUUAAAAUUUCUAGCCUGUUCUCCCAGGCCCAGUUCUGCUCUUUUUCUUUAUCGCCAUGUUCUCUGCAUGGACUUGAGCCCAAACCCGUUGAAGUCAAUGGCAGUCUUUCCACUGACUUCACGGGCUUUUGACCAGCCCCUAUAAUGUCCUCUCUCUCUUGAAAACUUUCUCUGCCUUUGUCUUCUCUCUAUGUGUAAAUGCCAAGGAUGACGAUUAUUCUUUGUCCUCUGCUCACUCCGUACCUCUGAGUCUCCUCUCACUCCGUACCUCUCUAGGGCAGUGAGGAACAGCUAUUUGGCAUUCUCAAGCUCUGCUCCUGUCUCACCUCUUCUUAGCUCUGGUGGUUUUGAAACAGUGUGACCCAGUGACUAGGGGAGUAAACUUAAACUCAUGAGUUCUGUUCCCAGCUCUGCUAUAUGACCUUUGGCAAGUCACUUCACUUUACCUCAGUUUCCCCAUCGGUAAAAUAGGAACAGAUGAAAAGAUCUAUAUAAGAGCUAAGUAGUAGUAUUAUUCUGUUCCUGCUGCCAUCAGCUGAGAAGCGGCAGUAGUAAGAGAGUGCUCAGAAGUUGCCCGAAUGGGCAGUUGGUGUGAGCUGGUGACCAGAUGGCCAUGGAGUCUAUGAGAACCAGGACCUGUUUCCACAGAAGGGGUUGGGAGACUAGAACCGUUCCUCCCAACCAAGACAUCUGGCCAUCCUAGCCACAGGCUGUCCACUGCCCCAAUGCACUUCUCUUGGCAUUAUUAUUUUAUAUAACAUAUAAGAAGGCAGUAUACCUCCACUCAAAUCAAAGCAAGACCCCCUCUUCCCUGAAACUGUGCUUUUAUUUUCUUGGAUAUAUCAAGCUAGCAUUGGUCCAGUUGAAUACCCUCUAAGCGCAUCAAUGUGACCCUUGCCUGAGCCAGUGGUGCCGUGCCAUGAAGGGUAAAACACAGAAAGGAACAAAGGGGGAACAGUGAGUAGUGUCUUUUUAAUGUAACAGACCCUCCCCAUCCCAGACGUCAAGCAAGUGGCCAGUUGUGUAUUGAGCUGGUGGUUCAGCAGUGGCAUUGAUACAGGUGUGUAUCUGACAUACGUAUGUUAAAUGUAUAUGGGUCAGACAGACUUGUUUUGGAAGUGAGUCCCUCCCGAUUGCUCUCAAUAACAUAAAUGCUCCCGGCCCCUGCUACUUGUCCUCACUCAUUUCCUGAGGUGGCAGAGUCAAUCAGGGAUGAAAUAUUCCUGUUCAGAGAAGUUCCCCCUGGACUGGUUGUUCCUGGAGUUAGUCUGUGCAUUAGCGCUCUCAGUGAGCCGCCUCGCCUCACUUUGCACUGCGCAGAGCUGUUAACUUUGUGAGCUGUCAGACAUCCAGCAAAAGGUGUCAAAUAAAGUCUUCCAAACCCAUGUCAUGGUUGUGAAA